ACCUCUUCUUCAAAAGUUCAAAGAGAGAGAGAGAACAUCGCGCCUCAGAUCCGUUUUCUGUGAUUUUUUCCUUCUUCCGUCUCCACCUCUCUCUGCGGCUCUCCGGAGCCGUUUGCAGAGAUUUCAAGCGUUUUAAGUCUUCUAGGUUUAUUUUUUUCUUUAAGCGAGCGAAAGAGAAGCCGUAGAGAGAGAGAGAGAGAGAGGGAGGUCAGGUUGCGAUCUAGGUUUCAAAAGAACAACAGCAGAAAAAAAAAAAAAGUCGCGGGAGAAAAAUAAUGGCGGUUUCUAGGGUUUCUUUCGGAGUAAUGGCGAUCGUCGCCCUCAUCUUCAGCAUUGCAUUCCCUGCCGUCCAGGCUCAAUCCUUGGCCCCUGCUCCGGCUCCUACAAGCGACGGGACAUCAAUCGAUCAAGGAGUUGCAUACGUGCUGAUGUUGGUGGCCUUAGUGCUCACGUAUCUCAUCCACCCAUUGGACGCCUCAUCUUACAACCUCUUCUGAAUUGGGUUGAUGAUGAUCAAAAGAUAGGAGGAUUAAGGGAAUCUGCUUUGGAUGAGAGAACACGGGGAAAGAUACGAGAUUUUGCUAGAUGGUGGUGUUGUAUCAUAAAAAUAGAAACGGUGAUGAAUGUCUCUAGUAUGAAGUUGGUUUAUCUGAUGUUGACAAUUAUUUUUGGAUUUGGGUGGUGCAUUUUGUUUUGGUGGGGAGUUUAGUUGGUCUAGUUGAAAGGGUCUCUCUUCUUCCAACCUUGUUUACUUUCAUUCCAUCGUCAGUUUUACAUAUUCUUUUUCCUCUUGGGUUUUGUUCUUUUGUUGAUCUCAGGCUAUUUAUGUUUCCCCUUGUUUCUUAACUGACGUUUGUGUGGACGA